AGCAGCGCGUCGCGCAGCCGCUUCGCAGUUUGGAUCGUGCCGCGAUGCAAGAACCAGCUCAUGACUAAGGGCCCCGUAUGGGUUCGAAACUAGUCGGGCAUACUCCGACGUAAUAUCACUUGCAGGGUGCCUCUUGAUGCUGGCGGCUGUUGUUCUUGGAAGUCCAUGCAAGAGUAUGUCCAACAGAGGACAUCUAUCGGCUGAUAAUAAUGAUGAUGAAGAUAAGAUGCAGACUAUUGGACUAAAUUAGCUGUAGACGAACUGGAGGAAGCAUUGAACGUAAAAUGGAACGUGGGUGUUGCGAAAAACGUUAUCCUGUUCAUAGGAGAUGGCAUGGGACCCAACACUGUGACGGCCACUAGGAUUUACAAGGGAGGAGAAUCCCAUAGGCUGGCAUAUGAGAUGUUCCCGCAUGUGGGACUCUUAAAGACAUAUUCAGCCGACAAGAUGGUACCGGAUUCCGCCAGCACAGCCACAGCGCUGCUGUGCGGGGUCAAGGUCAACCAGAACACGGUUGGCGUGGACUCCAGCGCGAAGCACAAGGACUGCAAGGCGUCCCUUAACCCUAAAGCGCAGCUGGACUCAUUGGCGGCUUUGGCUCUGAGGGCUGGGAAGAGUGCUGGUUUUGUGACCACAAUGCGCGUGACUCACGCGACUCCAGGACCAGUGUACGCCCACAGCGCCGCACGAACGUGGGAAUGCGACAGUGAUAUGCCCACGGGAACUGAAAAGUGCAAGGACAUCGCGAGACAACUAGUGGAGGACUGGCCCGGGAGAGACCUCAACGUGAUCAUGGGUGGUGGCAGACAAGGCCUGAUGUCGAACUGUACGGGGACUCCCUCCGACCCCAUCAGUUCUUGGGCUUGCUCCAGAAGUGACGGCAGAAACCUGAUCAAAGAGUACAAGGCGGACAAACAGAGGAGAGGACUGAAGUAUAGCAUCGUGUCAAAUAACAGAGAACUGAAAAAAUUUAAUGUCAAUAAGACGGAUUAUCUUCUUGGUAUAUUUGCCAAUGAGCAUUUACGCUACGAGAGUGAGAGAGAUAAAGGACCAGACGGCAUGCCUUCCAUCAGCGACAUGGUUGAAGCAGCUGUCAAAGUGCUGCAGCGGAACUCUAAAGGAUUCUUCCUUAUGGUAGAAGGUGGCAACAUAGACAUGGCUCACCACCGCGGGCGAGCCAAGGUCGCGAUCAACGAGUCGUCGGCCAUGGAAGAAGCUGUCAAACUUGCUGUCAAGAUGACAGACGAGAAGGACACGCUCAUCGUGGUGACAAGUGAUCACGCGCACUCUUUGCAGAUCAACGGCUAUCCGGACCGAGGGAUCAGCAUUUUUGGAACCACAGGUCCGUCUAAGUACGACAAUUUGAACUACACAAUCUUGUCCUACGGUACCGGCGGGCCAGGCUCCUUCCAAUAUUCCAUAGAAACCAACGCGACCGGCGGCCAUAUAGUGAGGAAAGACCCUAAUAAGGUCGAUACAGAGAGCUUUAAGUACGAACAGGUGUCAGCUAUACCCCUUGAUGAGAAUAUCCAUGGGGGUGUUGAUGUUGCAAUAUAUGCUAGGGGUCCUUACGCCCAUUUAUUCCACAACGUCCACGAGCAAAACUACGUGUUCCACGCGAUAUGUUACGCAGCGAACAUCGGCUCCUACAGUAUAGGUAAUUCCCUAGAAAUCAAUGUUGCCAUAUAUAUGACAACACUACUCACAUUGGUAGGAUUCAGUUUAUGACUGUAUGACAAAUUUUAGAUAUUAUUUAGUAUUUUAAUGUACAAAAUGAAGAGAUUAUUAUUGUUCAAAACGUAAAUCCUUUGUUAUACUGAUUUAGUUAAUAUUUUUUUUAAUGCAUGCCAUUCACAAAUUUCAUAUUUAAUAUGAGAGUAUUAACCCCAAAGAGUAUAUAUUUUAAGUAUAUAAUUAAAACAGAAGACAAAUUUAUGUAUUAAAGCUAAUAAAAUAAAAAAAAAGUAACUAUAUGAUGAUAAUGAUAAUGAAUGAACAGGAUUUUAUUAUUAUAGAGUAACCUGUUGUACCCAGGCUAUAAUUUGUUAAACCAUAAUUUAUACAUUAUAAAUAAUUGAAUCUGUUGAAUAAUUAAUUAUUUAACAAAUUAAUUUACAUUUUCAUAAUAUUUUAUGUAUAGAUUUGCUGUAGGUAUUUGUUGUUUAAAUGUACCAAAACCUUCAUAUUUAGAGCGUAUUUUAGUGAACAUAAUAGGUUCCUUAAAUAUCUAUAUUUUAUAUACUUAUCCCAAAGUAUUCUUCUUUAUAUGUCCUAGAUACAUUAUAGUACUGGCCGAGGUACAUAGAAUAAGUUAUACCUUGGCUGCAUUUAUUUUUAAAAGUAAAUAUAAAAUAACCUUAGAUUAUGUAAAAAUUAAAUGGAUAUUUUUGAUAUUUUGGUGGUGGACAGUCAAAUAAUUGGCCUUCAUAAAUAUACAAAUGCAAAAUUAAAAAUAUUUAUGUAAAAAAUUGUCCUAGGUACAACAGGUUACGCUAAACAAGAAAGAAGAACAAGAAAAAAAGGACAGUGAUUUUGUUACCUCAUUAAAUAAUAUAUCAAUGUUGCCCUGCUUGUUAUAAAAUAAACUAUUUUAAAACGAA